AUGACGACGCUCAAGGUGCAGGACGGUAGCAACAUCUACCGCAUCAAGUUUGAAGCACAGGCGGCACCAACGGAUGCCCUGAGGCAGCAGGUGCAAGAUCUGCUCGGCAUCAAGCAGGGCGAAAACUAUAUCCUGCUGGCGGGAGGCGCAAGGGAGAUGGUGAGCUCAGGACAGCGUGUGACUCGUUCACUUUUGCCUGUUGAAUCUGCCUGUGUGUGCUGUUGGUGCAGAGUGGCGGGGAGGGUAACGAACUGCUCGACACAGACAGUUCGCUGGAGGAGUACCUGUCGGUGUGCAAGCACCACGGCAUCAUUCCCAAGGUGAACGUUCUCAGGACCAACACACCGAUCCCGCCUGUGCAGACCACUACCACCAGCCGCACCAUGACUGUCGUUGGGUACGAGGCGCCCUCGCCCUCCUGCUCAGUGUCGACCAACGAAUCGGCCACCUACAGCGGAGAUCUGGAGUUCAUCCUCAAUGGUGAGCGAGCGAAUGAUUCGUGAGAGGAGGACCACACCCACGCGGACAGACACACACAGAGGAGCGAUGAGGGGAUGUGGUGUGAUGUGAUGUGUUUUGUUCAGGUGAGCCGAUGGGGCUGAAGAAUCCCGACCCUGAGAUGACGCUGGUGGAGUAUCUGCGGGUGUGCACGAGCUACACGGGGACGAAGCUCUCCUGCGGGCAGGGCGGAUGCGGCGCGUGUACUGUCAUGGUAUCAAUGUCGAACAAAGGGAUGUAUGGACGCUACACAUUCUUAUGUGUGUUGGGUAUCUGUGUUUGUCUGUCUGGUCAGGUGAGUGAGUUCAACACCUCAUCGGACACCCUGUCGCACUACUCGGUCAACGCAUGCCUCAAGCCACUGUGCUCGAUCGUCGGCAAAGCCGGUAAACAGCUGAAAGAAGACACACCUAAUGUGUACAUGCCGCUGUCCGUCUGGGGGUGCAGUGACGACGACGGAGGGGAUGGGGUCAGCUGUGGAUGGCUACAACCCGGUCCAGGACCGCAUCGCAACUGGCUGGGGCACUCAGUGCGGUUUCUGCACGCCAGGCUUUGUCAUGACCACCUGCAGCCUGCUGCAGGAGAAGACACAAACAGGUACGUCUGCAGACGCGUGUGUGCGUGGAAGACAGAGGGGUACAUGUGAUGUGCUGUGUGGGCGUGUCGAUUGGAUUGCAGGCUGUGCUGUCAAGGCUGAGGAGCUCGAAACGCGCUUCGACGUAAGACAGCAAACAAACUGUCCGGCCUUGUUUCUUCCUACCCUCCUGCAUUGCCUGCACUGCCCCUUUUCUUCAGGGCAACUUGUGCCGAUGCACAGGCUACCGGCCCAUCCUCCAGGCCGUCAAAUCGUUCGCCACCGACGCACCCACACCACACACCCAAGUAGAGAUCGAGGACGUCUGCCCGCCGGGAAGCCAAGGCCAGACGCCCAUCAUGUGCCGAUCCCGACGGUCUGUGGGGGAGGACAAGGGCCAUGGCCACAUUGACACAAACGGAAAGGGGCGGGCUGUGCGAGUGGGUGGGAUGAAGAAGGCCCACAGCGUUGCGAGAGAGAAGGCGCUGAAGGAGCUCGCCAUGAAAGUCGAGGGGCAAGGUCAGUGAGCAGAUUGCUUCAAGGUCGGCACGUUGACGAGUGUCUGUGUCUGUGCAUGUGUGUAUUUUCAGGUUACAAGUACGACGGUGGUCGUGAGGGCAUUGUCUGGUACAGAGUAGUGAGCUUCAAUCAGCUGUGGCAGCUCAUCGGCUCCGCCAAAGACACCGACACAUAUAAGGUGAGCCACACAGCACAGCGGAGCGCAGCAGCACCCAUCUCUCCGUCUCACGCACAUUCCUCCUUCCUGCCUUCAGUUGGUCCGCGGCAACACGAUGAUGGGCGUGUACCAGAAUGAGAAGUUCGACGUGUACAUCGACAUCUCCGCCAUCCCAUCACUCGGCGAGAUUUCCCUCACUGACGUCAACAACCAGCAGCAGAUCGACAUCGGCUCGGCCGUCACGCUCACCGAGCUGCGGGCAUUCCUGCUGGAACACGACAAGCGGCGCGGGGAGCU